AUGGAUCUAUCUCCGCUUCGAAAACGUGUUGCAUAUGGGUCACUUUCAUUGAAAAUCCCGUAUUAUGAAAAAGACCUAAAAAAGGGUACUUCGAAAAUAGUUCAGACAGUUCCGCAGAGGACUAAGCGACAGGUUACUCAACAUACCAAGACAUCGAAGCACACAUAG